AAAAAAAAAAAAAACAAAAAAAGAGAAAAAGCUACGUUCUCACAAAAGCCAAAUCUUGUUCUCUUCCUAACAUCACAAGAAUUAGUUGUUUGGAUAAUCGAAAAUGGCGAUUCAAGUUGAGGGAGGAAUCUUGAAAGAGAGGAAAUACCCUUUGGUUUUCGUGAUAUUGUUGUUGCUCAUUAGUGCCGUGGUUCUUCUCUUAACCAACACUGCUUCCACCUUGAAUCCAACGAGUUUCUACCCUGAUGCCGAAAACCCUCAGCCACUCUCAGAAUCAAUCACAGAAGAACAAGAGAAGCCGCCCGAAGAACAAAGAAUAUUGCCUCAGAAAAAGGAGGAGGAUGAUUUCCGUGACGAUUUUGUGGAUUCGAUUAUUCAUUGGGAAGUUUGUAAGGGUGGGAUUGGGGUGGAUUACAUGCCAUGUUUGGAUAACAUGAAGGCCAUUAAGGCUCUAAGGUCAAGGAGGCACAUGGAGCAUAGAGAAAGGCACUGUCCUAAAUCUAAAUUGCACUGUUUGCUGCCACUUCCCAAAGGGUAUCGGGUCCCCGUUCCGUGGCCUAAGAGCAGGGACAUGAUUUGGUAUUAUAAUGUCCCUCGUACAAAGCUUAUUGAAUACAAGAAGGAGCAGAAUUGGGUGGUGAAGUCUGACAAUUAUCUCGUCUUUCCCGGAGGUGGUACUCAAUUCAAAGAUGGAGUUGAUCAUUAUGUUGAGUACAUAGAGAAGACAUUACCAGCAAUUCAGUGGGGCAAGAAUAUCAGGGUGGUUCUUGAUGUUGGUUGCGGCGUUGCUAGCUUUGGUGGCUAUCUUCUGGACAAAAAUGUUCUUACCAUGUCAUUCGCACCAAAGGAUGAACAUGAAGCACAAAUACAGUUUGCUUUGGAGCGAGGUAUUCCAGCAACCCUGUCUGUCAUUGGGACACAGAAGCUGACAUUCGCUGAUAAUGGAUUCGAUUUGAUCCAUUGCGCACGAUGCAGGGUUCACUGGGAUGCAGAUGGUGGGAAGCCAUUAUUCGAGCUCAAUCGGAUUCUUAGACCAGGUGGUUUCUUCGCCUGGUCUGCAACACCUGUUUAUCGUGAUGAUAAUGAAAGAGAUAAGAAAGUGUGGAAGGCCAUGGUGAGAGUUACAAAAGCAAUGUGCUGGACUGUCGUGGCUAAGACCGUUGAUUCAAAUGGAAUUGGUCUUGUUAUUUACCAGAAACCUAACUCAUCUUCCUGCUACGACAACCGAAAAGAGAACGAUCCUCCAAUCUGCAAAAAUAUGGAUACCAAAGAUAAACCAUGGUAUGCCUUACUCAGUCCCUGCAUUACCCCUCUUCCAGUUGAUAGUAAUGGCAACAUACAGAGCUGGCCCAUGCCUUGGCCUCAGAGGCUUACCGCUAAGCCUCCUAGCUUAUUCACCGUACCGGAUGCCCGCGAGACGUACUAUAACGACAGCAAACACUGGUCUAAACUAGUUCCAGAAGUUUACAUGAAUAGCCUUUCUCUAAACUGGUCAAGUGUCAGAAACAUUAUGGACAUGAAUGCUGGUUAUGCAGGAUUUGCAACAGCACUAAUUGAUCUACCAGUUUGGGUGAUGAAUGUAGUACCAAUAGAUAUGGCAGAUACUCUGGGCAUUAUAAAUGACAAAGGGUUGAUAGGAAUGUAUCAUGAUUGGUGCGAGUCCUUUAACACCUACCCUCGCACCUAUGAUCUUCUUCAUUCUAGUUUUCUACUAGAAGCUCUUCAGAAACGAUGUGACAUUAUGGACGUGGUUGUGGAGAUAGAUCGCAUAUUGCGGCCAGAAGGGUACCUUGUGGUUCAAGACUCCAUGGAAGUGAUUAGAAAGCUUGGUCCAAUCUUGCGUUCACUUCAUUGGUCUGUCAAGUUGUAUAGAAAUCAGUUUCUUGUUGCCAAGAAGAAUUUUUGGCGUCCGCAGCUUUCAUAAUAAUCAUCUUUCUUCUUUUAUUAUACAAUCUUGUUAUAUGAAUUCACUUUUGAUAUAGGAAACCAAACAAAAGAGAAAAGGGAAGUAGGGGACGUGGGAAAAAAAAUUGUGAAGUCUACAACUAUUAUUGUAGACGCUAAAAGUGAACACACAUGGUAAUAUUUUUUCUUUAAAUUAUAUUAUAAUGUUACAGAUUGUAUGAUCAAAAAGUUACAG